AUGGCCCUUAUACCCGAGCUCGUAGACGCUCUUCGGCUCAGCUGUCUGCAGCUGGAUCAAGAGUGUCCAGAAAAUAUUAAAAAUAUAAGAAGGCGGCUACUGGGCUACUUUGACUCGCGCGAUGAACAGCAACUCGAGGAGCUGAGAGUGGCCGUGUAUAGAAGCCUCCCAACGAACGAUGCCGUUGCUUGUCGAGCUCUCUAUGCAGAUAUUUGCAUCGCCCAAUGCCUGUUGGAUAUACAAGACGACGCUUCGGACACGCAGAAGAUGUUCAUCUGUAUCCAGCGAUUAGAUGGUGCUCUCGUCUUCUCGGGGGCACCAGGACGACAAGAUUCUGUCCACGCAUUGAUCAAAUCCGCCCAAUCUCAGCUUCCAAAACAGUCCCCAUCGCUUGUUUCUUCCCAGACAUUCCUCUCGCGCGCAGACCACGAGCCAGAAGUACCAGAAUGUGGUGGACGGAUACAGGAGAUGCAAGAAGAGCCAGAUAUGAUGCAAUUUCUCAACAAGUACAGCAAAGUACCGUUUAUCGUCAGAGGAGGAAUUAGGCAUUGGCCAGCUGUCGAAAAGUGGACCUUCCCUGCAUACCUUCUGUCUAUCACCGGACGAGGUCGUGUAGUACCAGUUGAAGUCGGCAAAGACUACCGUGUGGAUGGCUGGAACCAAACGAUGAUGUCGUGGGAGGCAUUCCUUCAACAUCUUGAGAAGAAAGAUGCUGGUGAUGAACCGCUCUAUCUCGCCCAACAUUCGCUCCUGUCACAGUUUCCAGCGCUUAGGGAGGACGUAGUGGUCCCAGACCUUGUAUACUACGCGCCAACGCCUUCACCAGACACGCCGGGGUAUUCUCCACCAAACAACGACGAAGGCCUCAUCAUCAACGCAUGGUUAGGGCCCUUUGGUACGAUUUCACCUGCUCACCAAGAUCCAUAUUUCAAUUGCUAUGCCCAAGUCGUCGGUCGCAAAACUGUCUGGCUCGCUUCACCGGCUCUACAAGAGGAAUUGCGACCCCUACCUCAAGAUUCAGGGUUGGGGAAUACGAGUACACUUGAUGUCUUCUUACUCACACGUGAAUCCAAUCCUACUGUUCUAGAGCGGUCCAUGGUAAUCACGCUCCAGCCAGGUGAUCUUGUACGUCCACCAGCCUCUUUCCUCCUCGUCUACCGUUGA